UCGACAUUGUUCGUUGCCGGAGAUUGUUAUUGCAGGUGAUCGAGUCAUGAGUAUGUUCAACACCCAAGACAAGGGCUCCGAGAUGUGGAUCCAAAAUUUUCUUAAGUCGGCUCGCUAAUGUAUUUCACUCAGAAGAGAAAUAUAAUGUAUGACUCUAGUGUAUGCAGGCGAUCUUAGUACCGAUCCGGAUCUGUCAGGGUCGAAAGAGUUCAGACUGGAUCCGUUUAUGAUCGAGUUAGUCUCGUUGCCAAUCGUGCGUCUUGAAACACUAGUGCAUUUUGCUCUCUGCCUGAAAAGAAUAUCAUCCAGAGAAUAUUAUUUAUAUUGAGAUACUCUACGGCUCCGUCAGUCACAACGUACAGUAUAAUCACCACGCUAGCAGGUAGAGGUCAGAAUGUUGUUUAUUGGGGCCAGAGUACAAAUGUGACACGGCUAUCAACAUAUUGCAACCCCAUUGCGGGUGUUGACAUGGUCAUUCUUUCCUUCUUAUCUACUUUCGGCAAUGGCCAAACCAUCGCAUCAGGAAAUCUUGGCCCAUCGUGCUAUAUCUCCUCGACGGGAGAGCCCCACGGUUGUGAGCAACUCACACUGGACAUUCAGACUUGUCAAAAUAAUGGAAUUCCAAUUCUUAUCUCGCUUGGAGGUGGAAGUGGGUCAUAUUCAUUGCAAUCGGAACCAGAGGCCGAGCUGAUCGGCCAGAACCUGUGGGAAGCUUUCGGAAAUACCAACGGGACAGGAGCUGUUCCAAGGCCCUUUGGGACAAACGUUGACCUAAAUAAUACUUAUUAUAUUACGGGCGCGCCACAGUGUGUUCUACCUGAGCCGAAUAUGCAGGAGAUCAUCCAAGGAUCCAUCUUUGACUAUCUCUGGGUACAAUUCUACAAUAAUCCGGAAUGCUCUCGCCAUACGCUUAACUAUAACUUUUGGGUUGAGUUUCUCAAAGAUACUCCUCCCACUGGUGCAAAAGUAUUUCUCGGUUUGCCUGCCUCGCCAUUGGCUGCGAAUGGCCUUCACACUGGUUCACAAUAUUACUGGGAGCCAACGGCCCUGGCUCCUGUCAUCAGGAUGUAUCAGAACAAUUCUGCUUGGGGUGGUGUAAUGCUGUGGGACGCCGGUCACUCCUCCACCAACAUUAAUAAUCAUUGCACCUAUGCUCAACAGGCGCAGAGCAUCUUGAAGUCUGGCACUCCAUGCCUUGGAUGGGCUACCGUAAACACGAAGCGAGCCGAGCUCUUGAGGACGUCAGGUAGAAGACUAUUCGCCAGGAAGCCAAUCCGAGUGUAA